CCCUCAGCUAACUUUGGAAACAAAGACUACUAAACAUACCUGGCCAACAGAACUGGGACCCGCCCGGGACCUGCAAACACUCCAGCCUAGUAGAGCUCCCCGGCUCCGUCUUGGCCGUCGUCUUAAUAUCUGUGCCACGAUUGUCCUGUAUAUCAACUUGAACUUCCCGCUUGCACUUGAAAGGUACAUGCUGUGCAGGAAGUCUACAGUUUGUCUGGUCGACUCAGGCUGUCAAGUGUUUCUAGCAUACAGUGUGUGUGACACGUCACCUAUCAGAACACCAAACGAAGAAAACAAGGGAAUAGUCAACAAUGGCAACACGCAUGUGGCUGAUGUUUCUGAUCGCUGUUGGCCUACUGAUGAACUUCUCUUGUACCAAGGCUGACACAGCUGACGAUGUGGGGAAGGGAGCAGGGAAGAAAGCAAUGCGAGGAUGGUGGGAUGUAAUGGAGGAGUAUCUCGGCUAUCUCGAAGUUGCAGAGGAAGGAUACAAGUUUUAUUCUCGUGUGUCUUCUGCAUACGAAAAGUUAAAGAAGGGAAAGAUGACAGGAAGUCAAUUUUUGGGAAAAGUUGGGAAAUCUGUGAUUAGGGGUGGAUGCUCGUUGGGAGGUUCAGCCAUGGGGACCGUUGCUGGUGCCGCCAUAAUGCCGGGGGUGGGGGCAGUGGGGGGAAGUUAUGCUGGAGAAAAGUUAGGAGACAAUAUCGGGGAUUAUGUGACCGGAGAAACAGAUUCUCAGUUUGCAAAACAAAUCACGUACCUGGUAGACAAAGCCGCUUUUCAAUACUACAGAAAAGAACAAAGACAAAGAAAGCAGGGCGAACAGUCAACAAUGGCCAAACCCAUGUCGCUGAUGUGUUUGAUCGCUAUUGGUCUGCUGCUGAGUUUCGCUUACGUCAAUGGGGAAACCCUGAAAAGCACUCCUGGCGACGGACAGACAGCUGACGAUGCACGAAAGGGUUCACCGAAGGGAGAAGAUGUCGGGAACGGUGCUUUGAAGGAAACCCCUGAAACUUUGAUGGCACAACUUGGAAAUUUGAAGGACAAACUCGACGCUUUAAGGACGGGGGUCGGCAUUUUUGCUAAGGGGUAUGAGUUAUACGAUCGCACUUCUGCUAACUACAAAAGGUUUAAGAAGGGGGAGAUGUCACAGGAGGAGUUUGAAUCCGAAGUUAGGAAAGAAGUAGGUGGUGUGGGUGCGGUUGCAGGCACGGUCGCGGGCGCCACCCUCGGCGCGUGGUACCUCGGACCCGCCCUCGGGCAACUGGCGAUCCCCAUUCCCGGGUUGGGGGCGUUUGUGGGAGGUUAUGUUGGCGGUAAGGUGGGAGCAAUGUUCGGAGAGCUUGUGACAUAA